UAAGAUAAUUAAGUGCUUCUGUUUUCAUGUUCAGAACUUACAGGAAUGCCAGGCACCAACGUGGGGUUGUUUCUUAAAUAGUUAUUAGUUUUUAAUUGUAUGUGUUAGUGUGUAAAUACAAUAAAUACUGUAAAUUGCACCUGUACACACACUAGUUAUGUAAUAGAUGUUACAUGCGGGCAAGGAAAGAGAUUUUAACGGACGUGGUCUUAAAUAUGAAAAUUGGAGGAUGACCUGGAAUGACAGCUCCUGAGGGGCAGUCUCGCAGUCUCUAGGCUCCUAAUCCUGGCCGGUCCGGGUUGUUUCCCACUCACCUUGAGGUCAUUUAACUGACUUUCUGCCUCGCAUGGGUUACACAGGGCACCCUCCCGUCCCGGAUAUAGAGAUCUGCUUGAUCUGUCAGCCUUUGCAAGCCUUCUGUUUAUGGAAUAGGGAUGGGACGCUCCCGUUCCCCUUGCCUCAAGCAAUGUAGAUUGGCUCGGACUUGUAUUUUAAAUAGGAGUCCGGUGAGCUAUGCGUACGUGGCGGUGAAGGAUUUGGUUUUUUUAAUGCACAAUAAAAAUCACGAUGACGGUGCUUCUAAAACAAAAUAUUUCCGGUUCUCAAACCAAGCUGUCCUGGGAAGACGAUGUUUCUUUGCCAUCUACAUUGGAAACACGUCUGUUUUAAUUUUCGGCGGCGGGGAAGGAGGAGGCGGCGGCGGCCCCACUUUUGGGUCUCCCUCCGGCUGGGAAAGCCAGGGGUAACGGGAGGCCACGGUCGGGGCAAGGACUCGACACAAGGACCCACGCAGGAUUUGCCCGGAGCGGGGGCGGAACCAAAGUGGCAACAGCACCUGCGCACCAGGAACUCCGCGCCACGGGAGCAUCUGAAAGGCGUCCUCUGGCGGGGUCAUCCCGGGCUGGAGCCAGCGAGGUCUCCCGCAGCAACAGCAGCAAGAACUACUGUUGAGAGAGGCUGCGGACGCGUCGGAAACUCCCCUCGGCUCGACGGUUCUGAAAAUGCUGAUGUCCAGACCCAGCAGGAAUGGCCUCUACACCCUUCAGAGAACAUGCUGGCUGAAAGCCAUGGCCUGGAGGACGUUGCCUCCAGCCUUCUUGGUCUGGACCCCCUGCCACUUCCAUGGCACCUGGAACCACGCUGGUGGUGGCAGAAGACACAGGCAGUUCAUGGCGGCAGCGGCAACAGCAGCGGGGGCUGGACUGGGCUUAGGCACGAUCUGGGCGUAUGGAAAUCACCGCCAGAGGGCAGCCAAGGCAGAGCCCAUAGGGUCUACACCCAGCCUCCCAUUUCCUGUCUAUACCCGGCAGGAGGUGGCUCGCCAUCAUGACGAGGCCAGUCGGGUGUGGGUGACGUAUGGCAGUGAUGUGUUUGAUGUCACAGAUUUCAUAGAGCUGCACCCUGGGGGGAAAAGCAAGAUCCUUCUUGCGGCGGGGGGUGCUUUGGAACCCUUUUGGGCCCUCUAUGCCAUGCAUAACCAGGAGCAUGUGCUGGAGCUCCUUCAUGGGUACAAAGUGGGGGUGCUGAGCCCCGAAGAGCCACCACAGCCAAACCCGGGGGACCCUUAUGCCCAAGAUCCACCCCGCCACCCUGCCCUUCGAGUCAACUCCCUGAAGCCUUUUAAUGCAGAGCCACCUUCAGAGCUGAUUGCCGAAAACUACCUGACUCCAAACGAGCUCUUCUUCAAACGCAACCAUCUCCCCGUGCCAACUGUGGACCCCACAGCCUAUGCCCUGUCUGUCCAAGGACCCUUUGGACAGAUCCUCUCUCUGUCUCUGGAAGAGUUGAAGAAGAAUUUUCCCAAGCACGAAGUGACCGCCACCUUGCAGUGCGCUGGCAAUCGCCGGGCAGAGAUGAAUGCUGUCCAGAAUACUAACAGGCUAGGCUGGGGCAUUGGUGCAAUUAGCAAUGCCCGCUGGGGGGGUGCCCGGCUGCGUGACGUUCUGUUGCAGGCUGGCUACAAGCAAAGCGAUGGAGGGCAUGUCUGGUUUGAGGGGCUGGACCAGGACCAAAGCGGAACAGUCUACGGGGCCUCAAUCCCAUUUAAGAAUGCCAUGAACCCAGAAGGGGAUGUCCUCUUGGCUUAUGAGAUGAAUGGGGAGGAGCUGCCCCAAGACCAUGGCUUCCCUCUUCGGGCAAUUGUGCCUGGUGUCGUCGGUGCUCGUAAUGUUAAAUGGCUGGCCAGCAUCACAGUGCGUCCAGAGGAAAGCCCGAGUCACUGGCAACAAAAGGAUUAUAAAGGUUUCUCCCCUGCGGUGACAUGGGAGACGGUAGACUUUUCCAAGGCUCCAGCCAUCCAAGACAUGCCUGUCCAGUCGGCCAUCACCGAGCCAUGGCCUGAAGCCUGUGUUGAACCUGGGGAACUCACUGUCAAAGGCUACGCUUGGAGCGGAGGUGGGCGAAAGGUCAUCCGUGUAGAUGUUUCACUGGAUGGUGGGAAGAGCUGGCACGAGGCCCAACUUCUCCCUGGAGAGGAGCAGUCGCCAAGCCGAGCGUGGGCGUGGCAGCUGUGGGAGCUGAAUGUGUGCAUCCCCGAGGGUACCAGGGAGAUGGACAUUGUUUGCAAAGCUGUGGACACCAGCUACAACCAGCAGCCCGACACAGUGCAGCCGAUCUGGAAUAUCUUGGGAGUCCUCAACAGUGCUUGGCAUCGGGUGCAUGUCUGUGUGGGUGAGACAAAAGAAGAUUGAUAGCACCUGGUUAGCUGAAGAAAACAAGGAGCCUGGGUUUGGGCUGCUUUUCACUUUCUUCCUUUUGCAGGGCCAUAUCCUUGUGCUUCCAGAUGAGGUGCUGAAAUCCUCUGUGUGCGCUUACUCACUCACUGUUAGGUUCCGGGUUGUAAACAUUCCUUAGCUUUUGUUUUCUUUUCGGGCUGGUGGUGGGCUCAGAGCAAGGGAAUAUAGAUGCUUCUCCUGUCUCCAUAAAGGAAGACGGGCUGCUUGGAAAUAGUGAGACUGAUGCCUUUUUUUAAGUGGGCUCCAGAGCUUCUUUCUAGUAGACAAAUGUACAUACAUUUAUUUAUCGGACACGUUUUAGAGCAUUGCGACUUUUUAUGGAUUUUUGGCUGCCGCUGAGCCGAGGCAUCCAAACUUUUAAUGCACAGGUUCCUCAUGGUUUCGGGGAGUGUCAUCCUUGUCAUUACAACACCCUGCACUUCCGAUGGCCUUUGAAUGCUGACUUGCUUUAAUCUUGCCAAAUUAACUACAAGGCAAGGUUAUUGCGCUCAAACUGUUUUAUACCAGCACUUGGAUAGCUAGUGGUUCUCUCACUGCAAGGCUGCAGCCGUAACAGUAAGAGAACCAUUGGAGCUCUCCUUUCUGAAAGUCGCAUUACCCUUGUGCUUCUAUCUUAGACUCUAAAUGCAUAGAGGUGCUUUUACUACCACAUAUCUGAGCUCUCAUGAUUUUGAGAAGCCCCUUAACCACCUUUUAUAACCAGUUAUUCCUUCCCUUUUGAUGUGAAUAAGGGCAUGACUCUUGAGCACCUUCAAACAGCUUUCCCACCAACCCCCCCCCCAGGUGCUCUCUAGAGUAGUUGGACUCCAAUUGCCAUCAUCCCCUGGGUAGCGCAGUUGGUCACCAUGCAGAUAGGGAGGGAUGAGGGGUUUGUAGUACAGCCCAUCUGGAAGCUCCCCCCCCCCAGCUACUUUUUGGAAGACUGGGCAGAAGGAAGGA